AUGGCGCACAAACCUAUGUCGAUGGAGGCUGUCAUGGACGAGGAGCGCCUUGAGGUCUUGGCGCUGCUUGGAUCCCGUUCCGAUCGCAGUCGCCGGUCGUCGAGCAUUGCGAGCGCUGGUAGGUCCACCUCGCCAUACUCGAAUAAUCCCCGCUCGCCCAUGCGCUCUCCCAUGCAGAGCAUUCUCGAUUACGACGACCUCGAGGCCCCUCCCGAAACGUCCAAUGCGUCGGCUGCAGGAGCGUCCAACGCGUCUCGCCAGAGCUCCCCGCGCCCGGCAGUGCAACAGAUACGGAGCAUGCUGGACAUCGACCCUGUCCGACCUCCACCCGUGCCCAUCCGCAGCAUGCUGGAUGUCGACAGCCCGCCAACGCCCACCAUCCAGCCCGUCUUUAGCGCCCAAAGCUCACCCACGGAGCCAAAACAGCUGCCCGCGAGCCACCAUCGCCACAACAGCAGUGGCAGCGGCGGCGGCGGCAGCGUACACCACCCGAGAAGCAUGUCCGACGCUGCAGGCCACCCUGUCAGCUUUGGGCCCCGGGCGCACCAGGGAAGGUCAGACCGCCCUGACCCCACGGCCAACUACCAGUUCGCUGACAUCAUCACCAACCGCGAGAGCCCCAUUUUAACCAAACGCUCGGGGAUGUCGAGCUCGCAUGCGGCUGGUCCCGGCUCCAAACGUGGAACCAGCAUGGCCGAGGUCAUGCGCGGUACCGACGUGAGCAACCUCAAACUGCCUGGCCAUUCGCUCCCACUUCAUGGACGCAGCGCUACGGGCGGUGUUCGUAGCAAGGGGCCCAGCCACAAGUCCCAAUCACCACACAACCGUCUCGGCGUACGUACCAAAUCUCCGCACACAGGCAUCAAUACGCGAGCUCUCAGCCCCGCCGGCGCUGCGUUUCUCGCCGACAGCCAAGGCUACGACAUGCAAAAUGCCUACCGGCGACUUUCUGAUUUCAACAUUCGGCGCGCCGGUGGUGGCAGUCUCAGCGAGCUGCCCAUGCGAGGCUCGAGUACGAACGGCAGUGGUCGCUUGGCAAAGGAUUACAUGAGCCCCGAUGGAGAGGAGCUACUCGAGGACAGCAGCGAGGACAAUCACAGCUCUUCGUCGGACGAGGAAGGCGAGCGUGGCCGUAAGACAGCUAGAAGCUUUACCGACGAAAAGAGCCCGCCACCGUCCGAGUCGCCCGUCGAUUCUCGCAAAUCGGGCCGCCAAAGCUUGAGUCUACUGGCCGCGGCCGAGGAAGAACGUAUUCACGUGGCAAGUACACAACCGUAUAGGUCUCUUCUGGAACCGGAAAUUGUUGUCACCAACUCAUCGGGUGACAAGGUCAAGGCCAAGUCUGGUGUCCACCCGGCCAACAGCUUUGAUGCGUCGCGCUCCGAAUCCCGCACGCGGUGGGACUCUGACAACGAAGCUGAAUACACCGAUAUCAAAAGCGCGCAAAAGUUGACGCUGUCGAUGACGCCCAUUAUGUCGACGCCAGCAACCCAGCGGUCCAUCCGGAUCAUCUACCGCGGGGAUUUUGCCAAGGUCCAAAAGGAAGCCGGCGACGAUGAACACCGCCGCGUCCGCAAAUAUGUCGUGGCGACAGACCUCAGCGAUGAGUCGACACAUGCUCUGGAGUGGGCCAUCGGUACCGUUCUCCGCGACGGUGACACCCUGGUGGCCAUAUAUUGCGUGGACGAGGAGACGGGGAUUCCCGGUGGAACCGACUCUCAAGACGAACCGAAGACGACGCGGGAGCAGGCACAGGCGGUCUCCGCCACGACUGCGACGGGACGGCUCCCCGAGACGCACUCUCUCUCAGCACUUGCGACGGCAACGGCGUCCUCGGCGGCCCUUAGUGUGGCGGCCCCACCCGCGUCGGCUCGGCCGUCGCUCAUCCUGCGAAACAAUGACAGCAGUGCGCUCGGCACAGGAGCGUCUGCCUCGCCGGCACCGCAGCGAUCUCGCGCCGAGGAGGAACGUCAUCGCGCCGUUCAGGACAUUACCGAUAGAAUCGCUAGACUUCUGCGGAAGACAAGGCUGCAGGUGCGCGUGAUUGUCGAGGUGCUCCACUGCAAGACGCCGCGGCACCUGCUCACCGAGGUGAUUGACUUGGUGGACCCGACGCUGGUCAUUCUAGGCAGCCGUGGUCGCAGUGCUUUGAAGGGUGUGAUUCUCGGCUCCUUUUCCAACUAUUUGGUGACGAAGAGCUCUGUGCCGGUGAUGGUCGCCCGCAAGCGGCUCCGGAAGCAGAGCAAGUACAAGCGGACGGCUUUUAACCAAGUCAACAACCUCAGCAACCCAACAGCCAGGAGCCUGGCCAAUGCAAAGAUCGACUAG